GCUGAAAUCAAAGCAAUCCAAGAAGCCCUCAUUCUUGCCCCUUCCGAGAUCGAUCGCGAGAAUAUCCUGUUCACCAACCCCCCUGAUGCCACCAACAUCACGUUCCAAUUCGUGAACGUUACCCACCGUGCCCCAACUGGCGGCGAGAUCGUCCUAAACUCUGUUGACAACUUCCCUGCUCUUAUUGGAACAAAAGUCAGCGCCGCAAUUGGCUUCGUUGACGCCUGCGGCCUCAACGUCCCACACUCGCACCCCCGCGCCAACGAGUUCCUAACUGUCGUCGAUGGCACCCUUAUCGGGGGUCUGAUGCUCGAAGAAAUCCCCGACAACACCGGUGUCAUCAACGCCACUCUUAAUGGCACCAUUCCCAUUCCUAUGGUCACCGCUACGCUCACCAACUUCACCAGGAUGCUAUUCCCCCAAGGCCAAGUCCAUUUCCAGUUCAACCCCACCUGCGAGCCAGCCGUUUUCGCAGCCGCUUUUGACAAUAACGACAGUGGAAGAAUCCAGAUCGCGAAUACAUUUUUCUCGGUUGGGUUUGAUGAUGUGCUUGAGACUGCUGUAGGGAACUCGGAGAGUCUUGGAGCCGCUCAGUUGGAUGCGCUGAAGGGACAUAUUCCUGAUGCGUUUGCGGAGCUGAUGAAUGAUUGUGCGAAGAUGUGUGGGAUUCCU